CAGGGGCAAUCAAGCGUCCUGGGUGGAUGUUGGUGCUCGUGUUGAGUCGGGCUGGCGGCCCAUUGAGAGCAGAGCAGACUCGCGGACCUCCAAACAACUUACUGUCCACUCCUCUUUUCUUUCUUUCGGUCUUUCUGUCGUUUUUUCCUCUCUUUUCUUCAUCUUUGCCUGAGGCGCUCGUGCACGCGAGCAACAGCUGGCGCGCGCUCGCUUGGAGGACUUCUUUUUCUUUUGAUUGAUUGAUUGAUUGAUUGAUUUUGUAGACGCUCGUCGUCCGGGGACACUUGUCCACCUCCUCAUCCUCCUUUUCAUGAUUCACAUCGUCCUCUUCUCCAUGGCUGGAUGUAAAGACUGAAAAGCGCUCGGGCAGGCGCGCGCACGUGCACGCGCGACGCGAUGUGAAGGCGACGACGUGCACACUUUUUGCUUUAGAAACACUUGACACCUGGUAGCUUGGGCCAGUCAGCAGCAGGAUCAGGAUGACAAGAUGGCUGGCUGUGUGUUUCCAAUGGGACCAGAGAGCUUUCAGCGCUUCACGCCGGACUCCCUGGCGGCCAUCGAGCAGCGCAUCGCCAAGGAGGAGGCCCGACGCAACAAACACUACCAGGAGGACCUUGGCGACGUGGAGGUCCCUCGGCCUCGGGCCGACCUGGAGGCGGGAAAACAGCUGCCGCGCAUCUACGCCGACAUCCCCUCUCACCUGGUGGGAGUGCCCCUGGAGGAUAUCGACCCGUACUACUUCAGAGACCAGAGGACCUUCAUAGUUCUGAACAAAGGCAAAGCCAUCUUCCGCUUCAACGCCACAUCCGCGCUCUACUUCUUCAGUCCCUUCCAUCCCGUGCGGACUGUCGCCAUCAGGAUUUUGUGCGUCACGUUGUUCAGUUUGUUCAUCAUGUGCACCAUCCUGACCAACUGCUGCUUCAUGGCCAUGUCCGAGCCCGCCACCUGGGCCAAAUAUGUCGAGUACACUUUCACGGGUAUCUACACCUUUGAGUCUCUCAUCAAGAUCUUGGCGAGGGGUUUCUGCGUGGGACGCUUCACCUUCCUGCGGGACCCUUGGAACUGGCUGGACUUCAGCGUCAUCGUUAUGGCAUAUGUCACUGAGUUUGUCGACCUUGGUAAUGUGUCGGCCUUGCGGACGUUCAGGGUGCUGCGAGCGCUCAAAACCAUCUCAGUCAUCCCAGGCCUGAAGACCAUCGUGGGCGCCCUGAUCCAGUCGGUGAAGAAACUGGCCGAUGUCAUGAUCUUGACCGUCUUCUGCCUGAGCGUGUUCGCGCUAAUCGGCCUGCAGCUCUUCAUGGGAAACCUUCGUCAGAAGUGCGUCCGCAGCACGGCGCACUGCGUCAACGACAGCCUGCCCGCCAACGCGUCCUUCUUCUGCAACAACAAGACGUGGACAUCCAUUAGACACUUCACCAGCGACGAGGAAAACUUUUACAAGGUGGAAGGUGCCAAGGAUGCCUUAAUCUGCGGCAACAGCAGCGACGCAGGAAAGUGCCCAGAUGGUUUUGAGUGCCUGAAGGCAGGACGCAACCCCAACUAUGGCUACACCAGUUUCGACUCCUUCGGCUGGGCCUUCCUGUCGCUCUUCCGACUCAUGACUCAGGACUAUUGGGAGAACCUCUACCAUCAGACGCUGCGCUCGGCCGGCAAGACCUACAUGGUGUUCUUUGUGGUGGUCAUCUUCCUGGGCUCCUUCUACCUGGUCAACCUCAUUCUGGCCGUGGUGGCCAUGGCGUACGAGGAGCAGAACCAGGCCACCAUUGCCGAGGCCUGCCAGAAGGAGCGCGAGUUCCAGCUGGCCGUGGAGCGUCUGAAGAAGGAGCAGCAGGCAGCCGCACAGAAAGCCCCGGACUCCGACUCGCUGAUGUCACCAGAAGUGUCUCCCUUUGGACCUCACCUGGACCUGAUGGAGGAGCGGCGGCGCAGUCAAGCACUGGUGGGGGUCCCUGACGUGGAGGCCAACCUAUCAGAGGAGAAGCUGCUACAGGCGGAUGGGACGGAAAGCUCCAAGCCCCUCCAUCCCCUGCUGGCUCGGUCUUUCUCCAACAGAACUCGGCGGAGCAGCCAGGUGUCGUCCAUCUUUAAUUUCCGGCUGAGGAGCCGCGGCUCAGAGGCCGAGAUGGCCGACGACGAGUACAGCGUGCCAGGCGACGUGGGGGAGGGCGCCGGGGGACGGACGUAUAGCGGCGGCACCUUCAGUGGGAUCCUGACGCAACCGUGGCCCAAACGCCGACCCAGCACCUACAGCACCGCCAGCAGAAACUCGCAGGUAUUUUAUCCCACUCUGAACAUCAACGGGAAGCUUUUUGUUGCCAUGGACCAAAACGGGGUGGUCUCGCCGCCGACCCUGCAGGGGCAGCUGCCUGCCUGCACCAUGGAGAAGGUCAAGGAGGAGAGUGUCCCGACGUCAAGCACGGAGCUCAGCACGGUCCUGCUCCCUCGGCCAUCGUCCACGCUGGGCUCGGAGCGUCGGGGCCGAGCGCCCAGCGCCGCCAGCCACCUGACGGACGCCAUGGAGGAACUGGAGGAGGCCCACAAGAAAUGCCACCCGUGCUGGUACGCCUUCGCCCAUCGCCACCUGGUGUGGGAGUGCUCCCCCUGGUGGCUGAAGGUCAAGCGUCUGGUGAAGAUCAUGGUGAUGGACCCCUUCCUGGACUUGGCUAUUACCGUCUGCAUCGUCCUCAACACGCUCUUCAUGGCCAUGGAGCACUACCCCAUGACCGACGACUUCAACGGCAUGCUCAGUAUUGGAAAUCUGGUGUUCUCCGGCAUCUUCACAGCAGAGAUGAUUUUGAAGAUCAUCGCUCUGGACCCGUACUACUACUUCCAAACGGGCUGGAACAUCUUCGACAGCAUCAUCGUGUGCCUUAGCCUGAUGGAGCUCGGGCUGUCCGACGUGGAAGGACUUAGCGUGCUCCGAUCUUUUAGACUGCUGCGCGUGUUCAAGCUGGCUCGCUCGUGGCCGACCCUGAACACGCUCAUCAAGAUCAUCGGCAACUCGAUGGGCGCCCUGGGCAACCUGACCCUGGUGCUCGCCAUCAUCGUCUUCAUCUUUGCCGUGGUGGGCAUGCAGCUCUUUGGCAAGAACUACCAGGACUGCGUGUGCAAGAUCUCCAAAGACUGCUCGCUCCCUCGCUGGCACAUGAAGGACUUCUUCCACUCCUUUCUCAUCGUGUUCCGCGUGCUGUGCGGCGAGUGGAUCGAGACCAUGUGGGACUGCAUGGAAGUCGCCGGACAGCCGCUCUGCCUCCUCGUCUUCAUGCUCGUCAUGGUCAUCGGAAAUCUGGUGUUGCUGAACCUGUUCCUGGCGCUGCUCCUCAGCAGCUUCAGCUCGGACAAUCUGUCGGCGCCCGACGACGACGGCGAGAUGAACAACCUGCACAUCGCCAUCCACAGGAUUGGCCGAGGCCUGGCCUGGUGCCGCCGUCAGGUGGUGGAUUUCUUCAACGGGAAUUUGAAGCGUCGACGGCAGAAGCGCAAAGAGGCCAAAACCAUGAUGAAGCUGAAGCGUCUGAGCAGCGUUCACGUCGAGGCCAACGGCGCCGUCAUAGGUACGGCGCCUGCCUCUGAUGUCGGCUCGCGCGGCCACGCCCACGCCGUGCACCUGAACCAGGUCCACCUUCCAGGACGCCACGUGGAGAAGUACGUGGCGCCGGAGGAUGACAGCUACAUGACCAACCCCAACCUCACCAUAAGCGUGCCCAUCGCCCCCGGGGAGUCCGACGUGGAGUUCCCGGAGGAGGAUGACGAAGACGAGGACGAAGAGGUGGACCAGGAGGACCAAAGCGACGACUCGCAAGGAGACGACGCGGAGCGGGACGAGAAAGACGACAUCAGCCUAUCGGAGGGCAGUACGGUGGACCUCAGGAAACCCGGAGAGGAGGAAGAUGAGUACUCGGAGAUGGCUGAAGAGGCCAUGGACCCCGAAAACUGUUUCCCUGACAUGUGCGUGUCCAGGUUCAAGUGCUGCGACGUGGACACGACGUCAGGCUUGGGCCAGGUGUGGUGGCGCAUGAGGAAGACUUGCUUUCACAUCGUGGAGCACAGCUGGUUCGAGUCCUUCAUCAUCUUCAUGAUCCUGCUCAGCUCGGGCGCGCUGGCCUUCGAGGACAUCUACAUCGAGCAGAGGAAGGUGGUGAAGGUGGUACUGGAGUACGCGGAUAAGAUCUUCACGUACAUCUUCAUCUUGGAAAUGAUGCUCAAGUGGCUGGCAUACGGCUUCAAGAAGUACUUCACCAACUACUGGUGCUGGCUGGACUUCCUCAUCGUGGACGUGUCGCUGGUGAGUCUGGUGGCCAACACGUUGGGUUAUUCUGACUUUGCCGCCAUCAAAUCCCUGCGGACGCUGCGGGCCCUUCGCCCCCUGCGAGCGCUCUCCCGGUUCGAAGGCAUGCGGGUGGUGGUGAACGCGCUGAUCGGCGCCAUCCCGUCCAUCAUGAACGUGCUGCUGGUGUGCCUGAUCUUCUGGCUCAUCUUCAGCAUCAUGGGCGUCAACCUGUUCGCCGGCAAAUUCGGCCGCUGCGUGAACCGGACGGGCCACAUCUACGACGCCGCCUUCAUCAACAACAAGUCGGCAUGCGAGGCCCUCAACGACACUUCGCUCUAUUACUGGACCAAGGUCAAGGUCAACUUUGACAACGUGGGGGCCGGAUACCUGGCGCUGCUGCAGGUGGCGACCUUCAAAGGCUGGAUGGAGAUCAUGUACGCCGCCGUGGACUCGCGAGCCGUGGAGGAGCAGCCCAUCAAGGAGAUCAACCUGUACAUGUACCUCUACUUCGUCAUCUUCAUCAUCUUCGGCUCCUUCUUCACCCUGAACCUCUUCAUCGGCGUCAUCAUUGACAACUUCAACCAGCAGAAAAGGAAGUUAGGAGGCCAAGACAUCUUUAUGACAGAGGAGCAAAAGAAAUACUACAAUGCCAUGAAGAAGUUGGGUUCCAAGAAACCCCAGAAGCCCAUCCCCAGACCUCUGAACGAUGUGCAGGGCUUCUUUUUCGACCUGGUGGCCAAACAAGCGUUCGACAUCAUCAUCAUGGUGCUGAUCUUGCUCAACAUGAUCACCAUGAUGGUGGAGACGGACGAGCAGUCGCCCCAGAUGGAGCGCGUCCUCAACAACAUCAACGUGGCCUUCAUCGUGGUGUUCACCACCGAGUGCAUGGUGAAGAUCGUGGCGCUGCGCUGCUACUUUUUCACCGUCGGCUGGAACAUCUUCGACUUUGUGGUCGUCAUCCUCUCCAUCGUCGGCAUCGUGCUGGCCGACAUCAUCGAGAAGUACUUUGUGUCGCCGACGCUGUUCCGCGUGAUCCGUCUGGCGCGCAUCGGCCGCAUCUUGCGUCUGAUCCGCGGCGCCAAGGGCAUCCGCACGCUGCUGUUCGCGCUGAUGAUGUCGCUGCCGGCCCUCUUCAACAUCGGCCUGCUGCUCUUCCUGGUCAUGUUCAUCUACGCCAUCUUCGGCAUGGCCAACUUCGCCUACGUCAAGCGGCAGGCGGGCAUCGACGACAUGUUCAACUUCGAGACCUUCGGCAACAGCAUGAUCUGCCUUUUCCAGAUCACCACCUCGGCCGGCUGGGACGGCCUGCUGAGCCCCAUCCUCAACAACUCGCCCGAGGAGUGCAACCCGCACGUGCCGCACACGGGCACCAGCCAGCGCGGCAACUGCGGCAACCCCUCGGUGGGCAUCACCUUCUUCGUCACCUACAUCAUCAUCUCCUUCCUCAUCGUGGUCAACAUGUACAUCGCCAUCAUCCUGGAGAACUUCAGCGUGGCCACCGAGGAGAGCACGGAGCCUCUGAGCGAGGACGACUUUGAGAUGUUCUACGAGGUCUGGGAGAAAUUCGACCCGGAGGCCACGCAGUUCAUCGAGUACGCCAAGCUGUCCGACUUCGCCGACUCCUUGUCGGAGCCCCUGCGCAUCGGGAAGCCCAACAAGAUCAAGCUGAUCUCCAUGGACCUGCCCAUGGUCAGCGGCGACAAGAUCCACUGCCUGGACAUCCUCUUCGCCUUCACCAAGCGCGUUCUGGGCGAGUCGGGCGAGAUGGACGCCCUCAAGCAGCAGAUGGAGGAGAAGUUCAUGAUGGCCAACCCGUCCAAGAUCUCCUACGAGCCCAUCACCACCACGCUGCGGCGGAAGCAGGAGGACGUGUCGGCCGCCGUCAUCCAGCGUUGCUACCGGAGGCAUCUGGUAUGCCGCCAGGUGAAGGCCGCCUCCUACCUCUACCGCCGGAUCACCACGCCGCGACACGCGCCGGCCCGGGGCGACGACGAGGCAACCGACGGCGAGGAGGAAGAGGAAGAGGCGCCCGAGAAGGAAGGCCUGAUCGCCGCGAUGAUACGUGAGAACUACGGCUCCGGGUUGGUCGGAUUGGAGCGGUCCGAGGCCUCCUCCGCCUCGUCGCCGCCGUCCUACGGCAGCGUAACGCGAGCCACCGCCGCGCCGUUUACCCCCCAAGGCGGAGACGAGUGACGCGGGUACAGUCCCGUAGGAGCAAAAAAAACAAAUGGAGGACUUUGUGGAAAAGUGAAUGAUGCGGCUACUAGCGGGGCACCCAAAAAGCGUGAAGAUAUCAACGUGGCGGGGCUUGGAACAACUUUACUCGCUUUUCAUGUUACUUCCUGCCCCCUGCUGAUCGCCCGGAGAACUGCAGUAACUUCUUCUCGGGGCCCCCCAAACACUAUAUCACUCAUGUAUUUUAUCGGCCGGGAGCUGCGUUCACGACGUUAGCGACCUAAGCUGCGCAAGUGUUAGCUUGCGAGUAAAGCGACGCGAGCUCAGCUUAGCAAAGGUUUUGUUAGGAAAAAGUAGAACUUUGUUGACAGUCUUUUCAUAGCAGUACGAUUAUUACAACUAUUUUUUAUAUUUUUUAGCGUAACUUGACAAGGGAGAAAAAAAAAGGCUUUGCAGCUUUUCCUCAGUGGAACUGUGACACUUUCACAGAAGACGACAACAAUAAUCUUUUUUUUUUUUUAAAUGUUUUUCUUCACGGUCAUGACACAUUGACAAAAACUACCCUCAAACCUACAGCGUUUUUGCGAUCUGCGGACGGCCGGAUGCUAAGAUAUCACUCGCUCAGAAGGAAAAAGACGACGGUUGUCAAAUGUCGACACGCUGACGUUACGUUUUGUGCUCGUCGCACGCCGUCAUUGACAAAAGUACGUCCGACCGCCAACCAAAGUAGACGACAAUCAGCAAAAACUUUCCACCAACACAAUUAUUCUUAAAAUGAGAGCUAUAGCGCGACUCAUUUUUAGCCGCACAUCCACUGAAAAAGGGAAUUAUUGUCUUUUGGUCUGUUUGGUGACUACACAAAGUGAAAAAUUCCCUGACUGAAGUCUCCAAACAACCCACAUGAGUACAUUUGCGCGCACACACACACACACAAAUUAUGGAGUUUCUCCCAAAGAAUGGUUCACAUCAAUGUCAUGUUUGUCUACUUCAUAAUUUAUUUAUCAAUGACUUUGUUCCCCGCUUUAUUGUUUAGUUUUCUACGAACACUCAGACACUUUUUUUUUUUUGCACAGAGAAACAUGAAGGGAAA